AUGCGUCACUUCCGGACACUGGCACGGGGGGGGGGGGAAGAGUAAGAGUGACUAGCUGGAGGGUACUCUGACAGGGCAGGCACAGAAUAGAGGAUGACUAUUAGUCCCGUGGCCAGCACGGCUGGUCCUUGACUCGCUCCGGUUGCUUCCGCUCAGCGACCCUUCCUCAUCAAAGAGAAGGCAAGAGAAGGGAGGACUUGACGUGGGGUUGGGGCGCAGAAGGAAGCACCUGCAGCUGGGAAAGGGGCGGCGCCCUUGGGAGAGUCUCUUCUUUCUUCCGCCGCCCUGCAGGAAGGGGUAGCGUCCGAGUUCUUUAGAGGGAAGAAUUACUGGGAGCGUAGGGGAACCAGAGGCGUUAGGUCUGGCCGUGGAUUUAAAGUGAGAGUCUGUGGUCUGAGUCCUGGAAGGGCACCGAGCCCGAUGACGGGCUUCUUCCCAGCCUCCUUUGGUUCUCCGGACAAUCUCCUAGCAAGUUUUUUGAGGGCUGCAUAGUGUGACAAUGCAGAGUGCCACUACUUGGGAUGGUCUCCUCAUUGCUGUACUUGAUUCCCUGCCUGUGAACCUGUAUUGCGAGUUCCAGGAUUAUUUGUCUCAAUGAUGACAUCCCCUCCGGCUGUUGCUUUCCUGGUUUCUGCAUGCUGAACAACGUUUCUGAGGAAUGGACACUCUCCUGUUGUCUUUCAGGUCAUGGGAGCUGGUGUAAAGAUGCAGCUGUGAUCCUCGGCUAUGUGUCUCAUUGAAGGGACCUGAUGUUUUACGUUAUUGGUGGGAUCACAGUAUCUGUGGUAGCUUUCUUUUUCACCAUUAAGUUCCUCUUUGAGCUUGCCGCACGUGUAGUCAGCUUCCUCCAGCAUGAGGACCGGGAGCGCAGAGGAGAGCGGACCAUUUAUGACUACGUGCGAGGCAACUACUUGGACCCCCGCUCCUGCAAAGUCUUCUGGGAUUGGAAGGACCCCUAUGAGGUGGGCCACAGCAUGGCCUUCCGAGUACAUUUAUUCUACAAGAAUGGCCAGCCCUUCCCCGCUCAUCGUCCCGUGGGCCUGCGAGUUCACAUCUGCCAUGUGGAGCUAGCAAUGGAUAUUCCUGUGACCCAGGAAGUGCUUCAGGAGGCCAGUUCCAAUGUGGUGAAGGUGGCAUUCACUGUGCGCAAGGCUGGACGCUAUGAAAUCAGCAUUAAACUUGGAGGCUUGAAUGUGGCAUAUAGUCCUUAUUACAAAGUCUUUCAGCCAGGAAUGGUGGUUCCUUCCAAAACCAAAAUUGUUUGCCAUUUCUCCACUUUGGUGCUGACUUGUGGGCAGCCACACACUUUACAGAUAGCUCCCAGAGACGAGUAUAAUAAUCCUACCAGUAACUCAGUAUCACUGAUAGAUGAGCACAAUUACAGCCUCUCAAUCCAUGAGCUUGGUCGCCAAGAAGAAGAGCCUUCCGAUGUUCUGUUUGAGAAGUCUGUGGUGUCUGAUCAACAGACUUACCGAGUUUUCCUGAGACUCACCCUACUCCGUAGGGGAUGUUUCCGUGCCUGCAUCUCCUACCAAAGCCAGCCAAUUAGCAAUGGAGAGUUUGAUAUAAUUGUUUUAAGUGAGAAUGAGAAGAAUAUUGUAGAGCGAAAUGUUUCUACCUCAGGGGUCAGUAUCUAUUUUGAGGCCUACCUUUACAAUGCUAGUAGCUAUGCCAAUACCCAGUGGCAUCUUCCACCCCUGCAUUUGGGUCCCUCUCAGCGCCGACCUUCCACUGCUACUGAAGACGAGGAUGAAGACUCGCCUUCUGACAGCCAGACCCCUGAGAAAGUGAAGAAGCCAAAAAAAGUGUAUUGCUAUGUUUCACCCAAGCAAUUCUCAGUAAAAGAAUUCUACUUGAAGAUCAUUCCUUGGCGCCUCUUUACCUUUAGAGUAUGUCCUGGUACCAAGUUUUCUUACCAUGGGCCUGACCCUGUACACAAACUGCUGACACUGGUGGUGGAUGAUGGGAUUCAGCCUCCUGUAGAGCUGAGCUGCAAGGAGAGGAACAUCUUGGCGGCCACUUUCAUUCGCUCUCUGCAUAAAAACAUAGGAGGCUCAGAGACUUUUCAAGACAAAGUGAACUUCUUCCAGAGGGAGCUGCGUCAGGUGCACAUGAAGAGACCCCACUCAAAAGUUACACUAAAAGUCAGCCGCCACAGCCUUCUGGAAUCAUCUCUGAAGGCAACAAGGAAUUUUUCUGUUUCUGACUGGAGCAAAAACUUUGAAGUGAUUUUCCAGGAUGAAGAAGCCCUGGACUGGGGAGGUCCUCGCAGAGAGUGGUUUGAAUUGAUCUGCAAAGCUUUAUUUGACACUUCCAAUCAACUUUUUACCCGCUUCAGUGACAAUAACCAAGCACUGGUACAUCCCAAUCCGAACCGGCCACCUUUUCUGCGGCUGAAAGUAUAUGAAUUCGCAGGACGCUUGGUUGGAAAGUGUCUCUAUGAGUCAUCUUUAGGAGGUGCUUACAAGCAACUAGUGAGAGCUCGUUUCACUCGGUCUUUUUUGGCCCAAAUCAUAGGAUUGCGGAUGCAUUAUAAGUAUUUUGAGACUGAUGACCCAGAGUUUUAUAAAUCUAAAGUUUGCUUCAUCCUGAAUAAUGAUGUGAGUGAGAUGGAGCUAGUUUUUGCUGAGGAAAAAUACAGCAGAUCAGGACAGCUUGAGAAGGUGGUUGAGCUAGUUACUGGUGGUGCUCAGAUGCCUGUAACCAAUGAGAAUAAAUUUUUUUACCUGAAUCUGCUUGCACAGUACAGACUGGCCAAUCAGGUUAGAGAGGAAGUGGAUCACUUCUUGAAAGGUCUCAAUGAGCUGGUUCCUGAAAACCUCCUGGCUAUUUUUGAUGAAAAUGAACUUGAGUUGUUAAUGUGUGGUACUGGAGACAUCAGUGUCUGUGAUUUCAAAGCACAUGCUGUAGUAGUGGGCGGUUCUUGGCACUUCCGAGAGAAGGUUAUGAGGUGGUUUUGGACAGUGGUCUCCAGUUUCACACAAGAGGAAUUGGCCAGGCUGUUGCAGUUCACCACUGGUUCUUCUCAGCUGCCUCCUGGAGGAUUUGCUGCACUUUGCCCAUCUUUCCAGAUCAUUGCAGCUCCAACGCACAGUACACUGCCAACAGCCCAUACUUGUUUUAACCAGCUGUGCCUCCCCACUUAUGAUUCCUAUGAAGAGGUGCACAAGAUGCUUCAGCUGGCCAUCAGUGAAGGCUGUGAGGGUUUUGGCAUGCUCUGACUCCCUCAGGAGGAGUCCAUCGAGCUUCCUUAAUUCUUCAGGGCAAUGCCGAGCCCCAUUUUACUACUACAGUCUCAUGACCACCCUAUGGACCAUGGAGAACAGAGCAGAGGCACCAUGCAAACAGAAAUGUCAAUCUGUGAUGCCUCAUGGAGGCCUCCCCAUGUCUGAAGUAUGUCAUUGGGAGCACAUCUUGCCCCUUUCCUAUCCGAGUAUGGUACAUGAAAUGAAGUGGCGUUCUUCUCUUGUGACAUGGUACUUGCAUUUUCACAGGGCAUCACAUGUCUGUUUUUUUGGAAGGAGAAAGGCCAAUAUCAAAAGUUGCAAUUUGGUACAGGAAGAAAUUUGUACUUCAUAAUCUGAUUCCUUUGGGGAUGAAUGGACCACUAUGGAGCUCUAAAUCCCCAGAUUAUGGAAAGCCUUAAUACUUUUCCAUGCCUUGGCCAAGUUUUCACACAAGUUAAUCUCAUCUUGGAUGUUACUGGAAGGCAUAAAAUCACCUCACCUCCCUUUUGGUACCUGGUCCUGUAUGGUUUUUAAUUUUCUGAGCAACUUUCCCUGGAUGCUGCCACCGCUUUUUCUUGUGGGGGAGGGAAGGUAGCAUUUUUGACACAGGAGCUGGUCCUGAGAGUAACCUCAUUCUACCUCCACCACCAGGAGCUGGCAACAGGAUAUAUGUCUGAAGUGUUUCUGACAGGGCCCGUAAACUUGUGCAGGAGCUUGUUUCCCCGGCACCUCCUAAUUUCCCUUCCUUAGAGAGGGUGGAUGGACAUAUUUGUCUGAGAUCUAAUGCUUUUCUCAGCACUGACCUUUUUGGGUUCUUUGAAGGCAGUGGUGGUAGGCCAAGAGGCAGCUAUUAUUUGUGUGCAUCAGACGUACAUUUGUAUCCAAGUACAAUGGAGUGAUCAGUAUUGGAUGGAGCCCAGUACCUCAGUCUCUCUCCUAUUCUACUGGGUCAGGUGUCUACCUCUACCACGUGACAACAAGAGUAUUACUUCUCUAGCAUGCUUCAUGCAGAGAAUUGAUACAUAAGGCAUUGAUACCUGUGCCCUCCUUUCCUUCCAGUUGUCCUGUAUUCUGUGUUCUGAGCAUUCCAUGACAUUUGGGGUGUGGGUUAAAUUGGGGAAACUGAUCCAGGCACUAAAGAAGUGGGUCCACAAGGCAACACAGUACACUACCCACUCUUCAGACUACAUGAAGAAAGCAAUGUGAGCUGUCCUGUAUAACUGAUAUUUUCAUUCUGAAUAUAUCCUUUCCACCACUCCCAUUUCCUUGGCAAUAAAGGAGUGGGAAUUCAGGGAUCCUAGCUGGCAGUCUAGCCAUUUUUUUGUCAGCAAAGCCAAAAUCUGAUUGGAUUGUGAACUGAAUAUUUUGUUGGCACCUAAAGUGCAUUUCUCCUGGUCAGGAGAGAGAUGUUAGUAGCUGUUAACAAAGUGAAAGGAGCCUAUAGUCUGACUGCCUGGACUGAGGGAGGUUUUUCCCCCAAGGCUAGAAUCUUAAUUGGAUUCCUCAUAAAGGCAAACGUAAGAAAAAUACAGUUUACAGUUAUGCCAGCAUUUCCAGUCCAAUCAUUCUGCCAUAGAUUAGGGCUAUAGCUUUCUUGAGAUGGCAUGUCUUACUGUUUUUAAUUUUGAAGAUAGCUGUACACUUUUCUGACAUAAACUGAAUAUUUUGUAAAGUAGAGGGGGAAAGACAGAUUGCAAACUUGCUCAAACAGAACACUUUAUCUUGAUUUUCUUGACCUGAAUGCAUAUUGCAUUUGUAUAGAAGUUCAAGCCAUUGUUCGCCAAAAUGUUAGAACUCUGAGUAUUGGGGCAACUCAGGAAUCCCUUCCCUUUGGGGCAUUUUUAGAGACCACCACUGUAUUUUUCUUCAUGGCAGGCAUUUUUUCCUCCUUUAAGCAGUUGCUCUUUUUGAAAGCAUGUACAUGCCAUCUUACUGCACUAAGGGUGGCUUCUGUAAUCAGUGCAGUUAUGGCUCCUGAAUGCCUUUUAACACUACCCACUGCUCUCCCCAGGGACCAAAAGGAGGUUAUGCUGUGCAGCUCAGCCAGUUGAUGGUUGUGGGGUGCUGCCUGGUGCUGUUCCAGUCCUUUGUCUUGUUCCUUGGUCUUGUUCCUUCACCUAUUGAAGGCUUUUCCAGCCAUGGCUCGAGGUUGGUUCUGCUACAUCUUCCUCAGGAAUCCCCUCCUUUCUGCGUUAGAGCUCAGCUGUUUUUAUACUGAGGACUGAGUGGCUGGUUAUUCAGCAGAGAUCCUCUGCUUGAAACCACUCUCCUAAUAAAAUGUAUUUGGCACUUCUUGCCUCUUUGCAGAUGCCAAGGAUUUUCUUUUUACACAAGCACAGUCAGAGCAGUUGUGGAUGCUACUAGUUCUUAGCUAAUAAUGCGCUUGGUUUUUUUCCCCUACUCUCGCCUCCAUCAUCAACAGGUUCAUUCCUCCCAACACUUUAUAAUUUUCAUGUGCAGGAUCUGAUUUUCCUAACUCUUGCCUGUUCUUUCUUAACCUUGUAUGUCCUCCUUUAUUCCCACAGGAGGACACGGUACAGGUUGUGCUCUAGUCGUUUCUACAGUCUGUCUGUGUUUUGAAGAGGUUUCUUUAUUUUCAUUGGCCCUUAUUUGUUCCAUCUAAUGUUAAAUGCAUCACUUUCCAGGAUAGAGAUUAUGCUCAUGGUACAGAGAUACAGUAGAUCCCUAUCCUUUGGAGCUGCCAUGGGUACUGAAGGACUUGGCCUGCAUUUGAGAACUAUCUUGCAUGUUUUAGAAAUCAAGACCUAUUACUUUAGUUUGGCCAAGGCCUAUUUCCAGAUAGACAGCUCUAAAAAAAUUCAGCAAGAUUAUGUAAUCCUCUAAUAGAUUAUUCUGUAAAUAGUUUGUACAAUAAAUAAAAUAUUUAAAAUAU